GGAUCCAGGGAAUCGCCCACUGAUGGUUUUUACCCAGGCCCGAAACAGCCAGCACCAGAGAGCCACCUGAACAGAAGCGCCUGCCAAAGCAAUUUUCCAAGUGCUCAAAAGCCGGGCUUUGCAGCUCCUGUGGUCAGCCCAGGAGGCCACCAGUGGGAUUUGAGGAUCAGCUCCACCUCGGACCAUGCAGGGCCAGAGCCUGCCCCUUCGUGUAGCCACCCUGCUGACGGGGCUGCUGGAAUGCCUCAGCUUUGCGGGCGUCCUCUUCGGCUGGGCAUCCCUGGUGUUUAUCUUCAAAACAGAACAUUACUUUGAGGAGCUGUGUGAACCGAACGCCAGGCUGAUGGGCAAUGCCACGGGGCUGGAUGACUGCAAAGCCCAGGACGAGCGCUUCUCACUCAUCUUCACCCUGGCAUCCUUCAUGAACAACUUCAUGACGUUCCCCACUGGCUACAUCUUUGACCGUUUCAAGACCACCGUGGCCCGCCUCGUAGCCAUAUUUCUCUACACCAGCGCCACGCUUACGAUAGCCUUCAUCUCUGCAGACUCAGCUGUGCUGCUCUUCCUGGCCAUGCCCAUGCUCACCGUAGGAGGAAUCCUGUUUCUGAUCACCAACCUACAGAUCGGGAACCUAUUUGGCAAACACCGCUCAACCGUCAUCACCAUGUACAACGGAGCAUUUGACUCUUCCUCGGCAGUCUUCCUUAUCGUUAAGCUCCUUUAUGAACAGGGCAUCAGUCUCAGGGCAUCCUUCAUCUUCAUCUCUGUCUGCAGUGCCUGGCAUGUUGGGCGUACUUUCCUUCUGAUGCCCCGGGGGCACAUCCCCUACCCGCUGCCCCCCAACUACAGCUAUGGCCUGUGCUCUGGGGAUGGCCCUGGAGAGGAAGAGAAGAAAACGGCUGAGUCCCAAAAGCUCGAGCUUUCAGAGGAGUUCCUUUCACCAAAGGAAGAGAUCCCGAGACCAGGGCAGCGGCAGGAAGCCCUCUCUUUCUGGAGCUACGCGUUCUCUCGGCGCUUUGCCUGGCACCUGGUGUGGCUGUCUGUGAUACAGUUGUGGCACUACCUCUUCAUCGGUACCCUCAACUCUCUGCUGAGCAACUUGGCCGCUGGGGACACGGUACUAGUCAGCACCUACACAAAUGCCUUUGCCAUCACUCAGUUCUUUGGAGUGCUGUGUGCCCCCUGGAAUGGCCUGCUCAUGGAUCGGCUUAAAUACAAGUACCAGGAGAAAGCAAGAAAGACAGGUUCCUCGGCCUCGGCGGCGGCCCUGUGCUCAACAGUGCCUUCGCUGGUCCUGACAUCUGUGCUGUGCCUGGGCUUCGCCCUCUGCGCCUCCAUCCCUGUCCUCGCCCUGCAGUACGCCACCUUCACCCUGCAAGUGAUCAACCGCUCCUUCCUCUACGGGGGCAAUGCUGCCUUCCUCACCCUCGCGUUCCCUUCAGAGCACUUUGGGAAGCUUUUUGGGCUAGUGAUGGCCUUGUCGGCUGUCGUGUCUCUGCUCCAGUUCCCCAUCUUCACCCUCAUCAAAGGCCCCCUCCAGAAUGACCCGUUCUACGUGAAUGUGAUUCUGGUGCUCGUCACUCUUCUGACGUUUGUCCACCCCUUCCUGGUGUACCGGGAGUGCUGGCAGAAAGAAAGCCCCCCUGGGGUUGCCUAGUUCAGAAGCCCUCCCUUUUCAGCCCCGAGGACGUGUCAUCUUCCUUCACCUUUGAGCACCCCGUGUCCAGAAAGACUUUGCC